AUGUUCAAGCUUCACACAGCGACAGUCACCGGACUGCUCGCUGCAAAGGCCAUUGCUGGUGGUCUCAAUGUGCCUUUGCCAGAAAAUAACGUAUUCGACUACAUCGUGGUCGGCGGAGGUCCGGCAGGUCUCACAGUUGCGAAUCGACUCAGCGAGAACGCCAACGUACAAGUCCUGCUACUCGAAUCCGGAGAUGCCGACAACUACCCAGAGAGCAUCAUGAUCCCAUACUACCAGGGUGCAGCUGGAUCUGUCAAUGGCAAAUGUGGUGGAUUUAACUGGUGUGAUCAAACUGUUGCACAAACCUAUCUCGAUGGCGGUAGCAGAACUAUACCGCAGGGCAAGGGUCUAGGAGGUGGUACCCUAAUCAACGCUAUGCUGUGGAAUCGUGGCGACCGGGAAGAUUAUGACAUCUGGUCUCAACUCGGAAACGAUGGAUGGGAUUAUGAUUCACUUCUUGAGUUCUUCCAAAGAAGCGAGACAUUCAACCAGCAACCUUCUGAUGAGAUCGCAACAACAUAUGGUAUGGGAUAUGAUGCUUCCCAACAUGGCGAGACUGGUCCACAGAAUGUUUCCUUUCCUGCAUUCCAAUAUCCCGCCAGCCAGCAUUUCUUCGCUGCACUGAACCGCUUGGGCGUACCGACCCAGCCUGACCCUGCCGCACCUACCGAAAAAGGAGCCAUGUACCUGCCUCAAGGUAUCUCCAUGACGAACCAGUCUCGCGCAGAUGCACGUCGUGCACGCUGGGACCCAGUUGCUGGUCGUGAGAACUUCUACGUCUCCACUGGUCAACAUGUACGCCGCAUCCUGUUCGAUGGUGGGUGUGGUGCCCCUGGGGAUGACGGAGCUCGCGCUGUUGGAGUCGAAGUGUCUGCGGGAGCCAACGGCAGAGUCUGGACAGCUGUGGCUGCUCGCGAGGUGAUCCUGGCCGCCGGCGCUAUCCGUACUCCUCAGCUUCUCGAACUGUCUGGCAUCGGCGAUACUAACAUCCUUGCCCAAGCCGGAGUCAAGAGCCGUGUCAGUCUCCCUGGAGUCGGAAACAACCUCCAGGAUCAUAUGCUUAUGCACAUGACGCAAGGCUUCAACAAUCAAAGCUAUGUCUACCCCAAUAUUAUGCAAAACUCGACCAUCAACGACUGGGCGAGAUCAGUGUACUACAAGAACCGCACUGGACCCUACACUUUUGGACCUCCGGAUGGUAACGGCUUCUUUUCUUUGCCGCAGAUCUCAAACCGCGCGCAGGAGAUUGCUCAGAACGCGUCAUCGUUCUCCGACGAGCAAUACCUGGCUGACGGACUUGACAAUAGUGUGAUUCGUGGCUAUGCCCGUCAACGUGCUCUUCUCAUUCCUGCCUUGAACAACAGCCGUCGCGCAGUCAUCGAAUUCUUGCAGGACAACGCCGGUAACACACAGAUCUCAAACCAGCGUCCCUUUACUCGCGGCAAUGUCCAUAUCAAGACAACCGACGCAUUUACCUACCCUAACCUUGACUUCCGAUAUGGUAGCAACCCCAUUGACAUGGCAGUCAUGAUGGACUCACUGCGCUUCAACGACGAGCUGUUCCAACAGCCGGAGCUUCAAAUCCUCCAGCCAGUGCAAAAAGACCCACCGCACGCCGCCACUGAUGCACAGUUGCAAGAGUUCUUGAAUCGCGCUUUGGGUACGGAAUUUCACCCUUCUUGUACAGCCGCAAUGAUGCCCAGAGAUGAUGGAGGUGUUGUCGACUCUAAUCUGCUCGUUUACGGCACCCAGAACGUCCGUGUAGUGGAUACCAGCAUCUUCCCGAUCGUCCCUGCCGCUCAUCUUGAGUCUGUCAUCUACGCUGUUGCAGAGAAGGCUGCAGACCUGAUCAAGAAGUCUGGCAGAACUGGCAGUGUUCCGUACCUGCCUCUUGAUCAAACACAGUGUACCACUGCAGCAACUGGUAAUGCUAAGCGCGCUGUGAAAGUCAGCCAGGAUCAAGCAGAGUGCAUCUCGUCUCAAACCGAUUCAGCGUCGACCUCAUACUCGACCUCGUCCUCGGCAUACUCUAGCUCCAACGGCUCCAACUACAACAGUACUACUUCGUACAAUAGUUCAUCGAGCAUUCCUGAUUACACAGGUUCGUCGGGACCAUCAGAUGGCCUUAUCGGUAUCGUCGGUGGUUACCCUGCUGUCGGAUACCCCAACUACAAUCCAGGAAACACCAAAGGCUUCGACCUCCUGGCACAUGAUCGUCCAGCUUCGAUUGGUCUUCCUGUCGGCGCCGCACUCAAAUGGGCAGAUGCGCUAAUCUUAGGCCUUGUCAUCGAUCCGUUGGAAGGCAUCAUAGGCACAGUUGACGGAAUCAUAGAAGGAACAGGCGAGGUGUUGCAGAAUGCCACGGGCUCUGUUCUAGGCGGGGUCGGCGAUAUCUUGAACCACACUGCUGAGGCAUCAUACCAUUCAUCAGGUAUUGCCUCUGGUAUUUUGAGUGGGCUCGGAGGUAAGAACGAGCGACGCUUUGUUGCUUGA